AUGGUUGACGAGAAACAACUCGAGCUCGAAGCUCACUCUCUUCGCCGCGUCGCAUUCUUCGGAGUCGCCGUUUCAACUGUCGCCACUUUGGUGUGCGUUUUGUCGGUGCCAAUGUUGUACAACUACAUGCAACAUAUGCAAUCCGUUAUGCAAUCCGAAGUUGAUUUCUGUCGCUCACGAUCAGGAAACAUCUGGAGAGAAGUUACUCGCACCCAAGUUUUGGCUAAGGUUACCGGAGGAGCUUUGAGAUCCCGCCGUCAAGCUGGAUACGAAUCAGCUGGAGUUGAAGGAGGAUUCUCUCAACAACAAGGAGGAUGUUGCGGAUGCGGAGUUUCAGCCGCUGGACCACCAGGAGCCCCAGGACCAGACGGAGAAGAUGGAUCUGAUGGACAACCAGGAGCACCAGGAAACGAUGGACCAGACGGACCAGCCGCCACUCCAGCCCCACAACACGAAUUCUGCUUCGACUGCCCAGCCGGACCACCAGGACCAGCCGGACCAGCUGGACCAAAGGGACCAUCAGGAAACCCAGGAGGUGACGGACAACCAGGAGCCCCAGGAAACGCCGGAGGAUCAGGAGCCCCAGGAGCCCCAGGAAACGCCGGAUCAGACGGACAACCAGGAAACGCCGGAGCUCCAGGAGCCCCAGGAAAGGUCGUCGAAGUUCCAGGCCCAGCCGGAGCCCCAGGAGCACCAGGACCAGACGGACCAGCCGGACCAGCCGGAGCUCCAGGAGCCCCAGGACAACCAGGAGGUCAAGGACCACAAGGACCAGCCGGAGACAACGGAGCCCCAGGAGCCCCAGGACAACCAGGAGGCAACGGAAACAACGGACCAGACGGAGAGACUGGACAACCAGGAGGUUGCGAUCACUGCCCACCACCAAGAACCGCUCCAGGAUAUUAA